AUGAACCUGUAUGGCUUCCACAGUGGCCAGCGUGUGGGUCCUGUAUCUGCCAUUGGGGUGACAGGAACCAACAGUAUCUUUCCUAUGCUGGUGGCCGUCCAGGACCCCCAGGUGACUCUGGAGCUUGGGCAGUGUCAUGGCUUCUCUUUCUUCCCAAGACCUAAGGACAUCUGCUGGGGCCCCUGCCUCACCCUCUCUGUCUUCAUUCUCGCUGCAGAGGAAGAGACUCCCAGCCCCACAGAAACCCAGCACAGAGCCCCAGAGACCUCCAAACGAGCACUCCUGGAGCGAGAAUGACCUGACAGGAUCCUCCCAACAGGACUCUUGAGCCUCUCUGAGCUGCCACCCAGGGCCACUUUGACUCCAUUCACUGUCCAGUACAAGGACAGGGAUGGGCGGCCCCAGGUGGUGCCUGUUGGAGGUGAGGAGCGGGAGGCCACUGUGGGGAACCUGGAACCCGGACGCAAGUACAAGAUGCACCUGUAUGGGAUCCACCAGGGACAGCGAGUGGGCCCUGUGUCCACCAUGGGAAUUACUGCCUUCCUGCCCACAGAGCCCCCUGUGGAACCCCGUCUGGGGGAGCUGGCUGUGGCAGAGGUGACCUCCAACACUGUGCACCUGUUGUGGACCAUGGCCCAGGGCCUCUUUGACUCCUUCCUGGUCCAGUACAAGGAUGCACAGGGGCAGUCCAAGGCAGUGCCUGUGAGCAGAAACCUGCACGAGGUCACCAUUUUGGGGCUGGAUCCAGCCCGAAAGUAUAAGUUCCUGCUCUUUGGGCUCCAGAAUGGGAAGCGCCAUGGUCCAGUCUCCAUUGAAGCAAAAACCAUUCCAGAAACAAAGCCCUCUCCACGCCUGGGGGAGCUGACAGUGACAGGCAUGACCCGGGACUCCGUGGGUCUCUCAUGGACGGUACCUGAGGGUGAAUUUGACUCCUUCAUGGUUCAGUACAAGGACAGGGAUGGGCAGCCCCAGAUAGUGCCAGUGGCAGCAGACCAGCGUGAGGUCACCGUCUCCAGUCUGGAACCAAAUAGGAAAUAUAAGUUCCUGCUCUACGGCCUGACAGGCAGGAAGCGGCUGGGCCCCAUCUCUGUGGAUGGCACCACAGCUCCCCUGGAGAAGACACCACAGCCCUCACCCCGCUUAGGGGAACUGGCCGUGACUGGCGUGACCUCAGAUUCCCUGCAACUCUCAUGGACAGUGGCCCAGGGCCUCUUUGACUCCUUUCUGGUCCAGUACAGGGACAGCGAUGGGCAGGUCCAGGCAGUGCUUAUGACUGCAGACCAGCGCGAGGUUACCAUAGAGGGCCUAGAGCCUGACAGGAAAUACAAAUUUCUGCUCUAUGGGCUCUUUGGAGGAAAGCGCCUGGGCCCCGUCUCUGCCCUGGGAGUGACAGCCACAGAAGAGGACACACCAGCCAUAGUGACCCCCAGGCCUACUGAAGUGCCCCGCCUGGGGCUGUUGGCAGUGACUGAGGCAACCCCAGACUCCCUGCACCUCUCGUGGAUUGUGGCCCAGGGCCCCUUUGACUCCUUUGUGAUCCAGUAUCUGGACACAGAUGGGCAGCCCCAGGCCUUGCUCGUGGAUGGUGACCAGAACAGGGUCCUCAUCUCAGGACUGGAGCCCAGCACCUCCUAUAAGUUCUUCCUCUAUGGCCUGCAUGAAGGGAAGCGCCAGGGGCCCAUUUCUGCUGAGGGCACCACAGGGCCGGCUCCUGCUGGUCAGACCUCAGGGGACCCAGGGCCCCGCCUUUCUCAACUCUCAGUGACUGAUGUGACCACCAGUUCUCUGAGGCUCAACUGGGAGGCCCCUCUUGGGGCCUUUGACUCCUUCCUGCUCCGUUUUGGGGUCCCAUCACCCAGCACCUUGGAGCCACAUCUGCGUCCUCUGCUACAGAGGGAGCUGAUGGUACCAGGGAUGAGGCGCUCAGCUGUGCUCCGGGACCUGCGUCCGGGGACCUUGUACAGCCUUACUCUAUAUGGGUUGCGCGGCCCUCACAAGGCUGACAGCAUCCAGGGCACUGCUCGUACCCUCAGCCCAGUUCUAGAAAGCCCCCGUGACCUCCAAUUCAGCGAAAUCAGGGAGACUUCAGCCAAGGUCAACUGGGUGCCACCACCAUCCCGGGUGGACAGCUUCAAAGUUUCUUACCAACUGGCAGAUGGAGGAGAGCCACAGAGUGUGCAGGUGGAUGGUCAUUCCCAUUCCCAGAACCUCCAGGGACUGAUCCCAGGCACUCGUUAUGAGGUGACCGUGGUCUCUGUCCGUGGCUUUGAGGAGAGUGAGCCUCUCACAGGUGUCCUCACUACAGUUCCUGAUGGCCCCACCCAGCUGCGUGCUCUGAACUUGACUGAAGGAUCUGCCCUGCUGCACUGGAAGCCCCCCCACACCCCUGUGGACAAAUACAACGUCCGUGUCAUGGCCCCUGGGGCUCCACCUCUGCAGGACUCAGCACCAGGCAGUGCAGUGGACUACCCGCUGCGUGACCUCGUCCUCCACACCAACUACACUGCCACUGUGCGCGGCCUGAGGGGCCCCAACUUCACGUCCCCAGCCAGCAUCACUUUCACCACGGGGUUGAAGGCCCCCCGGGACUUGGAGGCUAAGGAUGUGACUGCCCGCACAGCCCUGCUCACUUGGACUGAGCCCCAGGCCCCACCCACAGGCUACCUGCUCAGCUUUGACACUGCUGGAGGACAGACCCAGGAGAUCCUGCUUCCGGCAGGGGUCACCUCACACCGGCUUCUUGGCCUCUUCCCCUCUACCACCUACAAUGCCCGACUCCAGGCCGUGUGGGGCGAGAGCCUAAUGCCACCUGUGUCCACCUCCUUUACCACUGGUGGGCUGCGGAUCCCUUUCCCCCGGGACUGUGGGGAGGAAAUGCAGAAUGGGGCCAGCACCUCAAGAACCACCACCAUCUUCCUGAACGGCAACCGGGAACGGCCUCUGGAUGUGUUUUGCGACAUGGAGACUGAUGGGGGCGGCUGGCUGGUGUUCCAGCGCCGCAUGGAUGGACAGACAGACUUCUGGAGAGAUUGGGAGGAGUAUGCCCAUGGUUUUGGGAACAUCUCCAGGGAGUUCUGGCUGGGCAAUGAAGCCCUGCACAGCCUGACACAGUCUGGGGACUACUCCAUGCGCGUGGACUUGCGGGCUGGGGAUGAGGCUGUGUUCGCCCAGUACGACUCUUUCCGAGUAGACUCGGCUGCUGAAAACUACCGCCUCCACCUGGAGGGCUACCAUGGCACUGCAGGGGAUUCUAUGAGCUACCACAGUGGCAGUGUCUUUUCCGCCCGUGAUCGAGACCCCAACAACCUGCUCAUCUCCUGCGCUGUCUCCUACCGAGGGGCCUGGUGGUACAGGAACUGCCACUAUGCCAACCUCAACGGGCUCUACGGGAGCACAGUGGACCACCAGGGAGUGAGCUGGUACCACUGGAAGGGCUUCGAGUUCUCAGUGCCCUUCACGGAAAUGAAGCUGAGACCAAGAAGCUACCGGUCCCCUGCCAGGGAAGGCUGAGCUGCUGCCCACCUCUUUUGCACCCCAGUAUGACUGCUGAGCACUGAGGGGUUGCGCUCAGAGAAGAACUGGGUGCUUCUACCAUCCAGCCACUCAAAGAAGCCUUCUCUGCCCGCGAUCUCACAGCACCAUGUUUACAGGGGGGGGAGGGGAAGGGUUUGUACGGUGCAAUAAAAGAGAAACUGAGG